CACAGAAUGACGACGUGUUGUGUGGGCUGAAGCGCUUGCUGGAUACAUAAUGGGGCUCAAAUUCUGUAAGAUUGCAGCCAGAACCUUUUAGUAUUCAUCUGGGAGGGUUACUCCUGAGCUAAAGAAGCGCUGAAAUGGUAUGGUGCAGUCCUGACAGCAAAGUGCUGUGCGAGCUUGAGAGCGGCAUCCAGCCUAUCUUUUCUCGCUCUGAGCCAGUUACAGGCAGACGCAGCUCAGAGGGACCGUCGUCCUAUACCAAUCUACUUUCUUUUGUUAGACCGGCCUCUCAAGAAAGUCAAGAUCAGUAAAGCAUUGUAUUGAUUGCACAUAGCUAUGGCGCCCCACAUGAAAACAGGCUUGGCUUUAUCCUUUCUUGUGCUCAUGAUGGCGGAGAGAAGCCUGAGUGAAGGGGGGAGGCGGGAUGCCUUGCCCUCAAGUAUGACCCCGGCCUUCGGUAUGACCACUCGCAACGACAGCAACGCCGUUCGUGCCCCGCCCGUCUUGCUCACUUUCACCGUGAGAUUCCUGGAUGGUGUGGUUGUGCCUUUUGCAAUGGCUCAAUUGGUUUCCGAGAAUUCCAUGCAACUCAAUCAGACCCUUAGCGACGGCACCUCCUCCUUUUGGGUUGACCCGACCUGGACAUACAGCUUGUUUCUUAGUGCCGAGGGGAGCCGAAUGGCAAAAGGCCCUAUCCACCUGAGGAGGCCUAUUAUCAUCUCGCCAUCCAAUGCCGCUGGCUUCAAGGGCGACAUCGACCUCGGCAGCAUUCCAAUUGACUACUCCAGCUUCUGUUCGGGCGCCGAGACUGUUACCGGCAAUGGGGGCGGCGUCAUUGCAGGGGGCGGCGGCGGCAUCCAGACCCUUCAGAUUCCGGGCCAGACUUGUACUUGGGCGAUUGGGCCCUUCAGCAACCCCGGGACAAUCGUGCUCUCCCUUUACAUGCUGGACCUCACUACGGGGAACUCUCUCACGAUCUACAGCAUCGACAACCGGAACAGGCAGAGAGUGGUGCUUCAAGUAGGCAUGGGGUAUCCCAACACGUUCUCGGGGAUCACCACCGUCCAAUCGCUGAGCAUCUACGACCCGUCGGUGAUCGUCGCCUUCUCUACGGGCCCAGGCUCGGACUCUUUGACCAACGGCUUCAUGAUGUCGUACAAGGUGGACCGUUUCAUUACAACCGGUCGCGUCCUGGCACUCUCGCUCAUCUGGGCGGGCGGCGGGUUCGCCUUCCUUCUCAUUAUCUUCCUCAUCUUCACUCUACUCCAACGUCGCCAGCGUCGAAUCCGCGCCGGUCAGGCGCCGCCCCUGCUGCCGUGGGAGCGGCCGCGGCCGGUCGCUUCCGCCGAGCCAGACCCGCUCGACCAUGACGUCAUGGUGGUGAAAAUCCCCGGGGAGGAGCCCCACCGGAUGGCCCUCCCGCAGAAGGCGUGGCAACCAGGAGCCCUUAAAUUCGCCUUCCAAGCACCGGGCUCGGACCUUGCGAAGCUGCACUUGGACGUUGUCGGCAAUCUCGCUCCACCUUCACAGGUGCAAUGCUUAGAAGAGGCCAGAAACCGGGAUACACGUUCUACAACGGGCACACAAGGGCCCCCAAGUGAACCGUCAAUCCUUCCGCUCGAAAGGGACACGAUAGAAGAUUCAAUUCGCGGGGUUCCGGACGUCCGUGGCGCUUGGGGCCGCCUUCUACCUUCCCUGAGUCGCAAGAGCAUCUCUCGGGAGCAGCAAGCUGCAGAGCUUGCGGACAGGCAAAAAGCUGCCGACGACAAUCUGAGCCGGGUUGCAAAUCCAGAGAAGCGAGUUUCGGACGCUCACGCGGACACUUUAGAGCGGUCCAUGGCGUCCGAAACGCACCGGGACGACGGGUCCUGCGGCGAUUGCGAGGCGUGUGCCAUCUGCCUGGUGGAGUACGAGGAGGGGACCUGCUUGCGGCCGCUGCCGUGCGAGCACGCCUUUCAUACAGCGUGCAUUGACAUGUGGCUGAAGAAGGACCCCUCGUGCCCCCUAUGUAAGCGUCCGCUUUACACCCCCCCUUUGCCUUACAAACCCGCGCCCGAGGAGAGUCCCGGGGCUAGUCAACGGGUCACCGGUUACGAAACCGGGUUGGGUCAAGCGAGCGCGCAGGCCCCUUCAAGCACCGGAGCAGACGACGGGCACACCAGCACGGCGACCGACCUGGAAGCGGGCCCUAGCACAACACCUCAAAACGGGUUAGCACAUGGUUUAGUGGCAAGAGAGGUCCGGGAAAGGACGGAGGAAGAUGAGCGGGCGCACCGGCAACGCCCGAUGAACCCGGCUUGGUAUCUGCAUCAAUGGCUGGGGUGGGGUUGGUGAAAGCCAAAUACUUGGAUUGCUAUGGAGAUUGCUUGAUGGAGCCCUGAGUGGGCCAGGGUCUGAAGUGAACUAUUCUUUAUCACAAGAGAAUGGUUCGCUUAUACAAUGGCACUAGUAAUAUCCUCCUGACGACGCAAAAGCACAUUAUUGUAGAGUAAGGAGCCCAUACAAUGAUUCAUGUGUUGUCUUCAACGUAAAUGUCAAAUUCACAAGAGUCCGAGAAAGGUCAAGGAACAACGUGUUGCUGAGUAAAAUGUGCGGCAGUACGACUCGACGUUUUCCAGAACUAGUAAUCAAAAACGUCGUUUGUAAUGAUUAUGAGAACAUUAGCAAUGGCAGAGCUUAAAGGCGAAGUGCGCUACACAACGGCUUCAUUGGACUUUCAAAAUUUCGAGACGAAAGUGGACGCGUGUAGCGCCUGAGCGUGUUGUGCGGCACGAC